AUGGGCAACCCUGUGCAUUCCGCCAGCACCAACAGCCUGACCGCCGGAGUGCCCGCCAUGAUGACAUCGGGGAUGACACGGGUCCCCUACAGACCCCCCGAGGACCUCAGUCACCUGGUCAGCGCCUCUGUCCCUCAACGCUCCUCCUGCGGCCAGCACACACCGGCCCUAGUGGGGCUGCCGACCAUCGAGAUCAUCCACACUCCUGGAGGAGGAGAAAGAGGAGGAGGAGGGAAAGGAGAUAAAGAAGGAGGAAGAGGAGGAGGAGGAAGGCCUGAGCCACGCUUGCGUCCAGAAGGAGCUCCUGCAGGUUUCUUCCUUCAUUCUCCUGAAGACGACCUGACCCAGAUCAGCAGCUCCGCCCCCUGCCGCUCCGGAAUGCUCUACCGGCCAAUAGGAGGGGAGGGGGGGGAAGGAGAGCGGCGGAGAGUGGGAGGCAGGGAGAGGGGGAGACGGACAUCGGAAGGUUCGCGGGAUGACGACUCGGUCCUCCGCGAUGGAAGCGUGGACUCAUCGGAAGCCUCCGACGACCUUCCUAGAAACGCCCCCGGCAACGUCCGCCCUGGCCUCGGUUGUCACGGCAGCGGCAGCAUCAGCAGCACCGGUGGCAGCAGCGGCGGUGGCAGUGGCGGCAGCCCAAGGAUGACGAGCUUCGCCGAGCGGCGGGACAGAAGGAGACAGCCGGCCGCACCGGGAGAGGAGUCAGUCAACACCCCGACCCCCACCACACCCACCCUCCAUACCCCCACCCACACCACCCCCAGCCCAGGAGGGAAGCACCCUGAGCCGGUACAGAGGCCUGGGAGCUGGGGGCCCGCCUGGAGGAGAAACGCAGAGCCAUCGAGGCCCAGAAGAGACGCAUUGAGGCCAUAUUCACCAGACACAGACAGAGGCUGGGCCAGACUGCCUUCCUACAGCUGAAGAGAGGACAGGGAGGACAGGGAGGAGAGGGAGGAGAGGAGCCUCUGUCUCUGGAGGAGCGUCUCAGCCGCAUGGAGGAGCAGCUGAAAGAGGAGGAGGAGAAGGAGGAGAGAGAAAAGGAGGAGGAGAAAGGGAAGGCAGAAGAAGGGAACUCCCGCCCCCAGCUGCGAUUGGAGAAGCAGGUGACGUUCUCCAUGGAUACGAUGAAGGGGGCGGAGAAAGGGGCGGAGAAAUGGGAGGGGCCUGAGCCGGGGGGAGGGGCUGUUCUAGGGGAGUAUAAUGAGGUGGUCCUGAAGCUGAGUGAGGCUCUGAGGUCACUACAGAACGACAUGCAGAAGCUGACCCAACAACAACAACAGCUAAUGGGCAAGAGGACCACACCCAAAACCACACCCAAAACGACACCCAAAACUGCACCCAAAACUACACCCAAAACUACACCCAGGACACCACCCAGGACCCCCACUAAGAGUCCGACUAGAACCCCGACCAAGAGCAUCAGUAAGGCUUGGGUGAUCCCAGCAGGCUCCAAACACCCCACCUCCACUACCUCCCCCUCUCGCCGGGCCCUCCCCCACCUCUCCUCCACCCCUCCCAAAACCCCCAUCUCCUCCUCCUGCCCUGCCCCCCGCACCAAGAUCCACUCCUCCUCGUCCUCCACCCCCCGUAGCCCUAAACACCACCCGCGCCCCUCCCACCCCCACUCCCGCCCCUCUGAGUUGAAGUUCCCUCCCUCCACUCGUGUCCUCACCCCCCCGCAGCAUGUAGACUCCCUCCCCCACCUGCGACGCGUCUCCCCCAGCCAGUGCCAGGUACAGACCUCCUCCUCUUUCCGUAUCGGGGGCCCCUGCACCCCCCAGGUGCCCCCUGCCACCCUGCUGCCCCAGCCCGAGGAGAGUACCUCGGAGACGGGCUCCAGCGAGACGCCCACCCAGUUCAACCUGGAGCUGGAGGAGCAGGAGGGGUCAGGGGGAGGCCGGCCCGUGUUUCCCCAGUCCAGGAGAGGCCGUUCUGGGGGUGGCAGCAGCUCUGGAGCCCCCUCCGAGUGCUCCUUUGAGAGCGAGACCCUGUCGCUGUUGGCCGCUUACUGCGGAGGAGGGGAGGGAGGGAGAGGAGGAGCAGGUGGAGUAGGAGGAGGGACGCGUGGCAGCCUGAUGGAGGGGUCGUUGUCAUCCCUGGGGGGGCCAGAGGGGGGCAGUGACGAGCCAACUGACACAGAAGGACAGGAGUUCUUCUCUGACUCCAUGAGCGACCACACAGAACCUCCAAUAGGAGAAACGUUGGAACCUACGGAACCCAUGGGAGAACCGAGAGAAUCUACGGGGGAUCAAGUAGAACCAAGAGUAGAACAGACACAGAACACAGAACUCCUAGAAACCUCAGUGGAACCCACGGAGCAGACGGAACCGGAGGCGAGAGGAGGGGUUGGUUUCUUCUUCAAGGUGAGUCUGGCGGAGGUAGAGAGAGGGAGAGAGAAGGAGAGAGAGGGAGCGAGAGAGAGAGAGAGAGGGGAGAGAGAGAGAGAGGGAGAGAGAGAGAGAGAGAGAGAGAGAGAGGGAGAGAGAGAGAGAGAGAGGGAGAGAGAGGGAGAGAGAGGGAGAGCGAGAGGAGAGAGAGAAAAAGAGAAUAGUCCCUCCCAGAAACAAGCCCUAACUAACCCCUGCCCUCUAGGCCCUUAGAUGUAGAUAAGACAACUUUAAAUGAAGUUCAUCAUUUCGUUAUUGACUCAUAAGAAAAUCAAAGAUGAUGUGUUUCUAGUGGUAGCAAAUAAAGUAAUGACAAUGUAUGUGUUUGGUGUGUGUGUGUGUGUGCAGGAGGAGGUGCGUUGUGAAGAUGAGAUGGCUCAGAGGAGAGCUGCCCUGUUGGAGAGACAGCAGAAAAGAACAGAGGAACUGAAGAGGAGGAGACAGUGGAACGAACAGGAGAGAGAGAGCAGGUCACACACACACACACACACACAGACACACUCAUCAUCCACUUGAAAUAAACACAUUGAUCAUCACCAUAAUACUAACCCCCCUUCCCCUUCAUCUUUCUUUUAGACCCCCCUUUGAGGAGGAGCGAAGAGGCUCUCUCCCCUGGACCCCUCCCACUCCCCCCGCCGCCGGUGUCCCCUCCCUCACCCCUCCGACCACGCCCAGUCGCCGAGGUGAUUUCACGCGGAGGGAGUACGCCCACCGCCAGCAGAUACGCAUCAUGUCUGAUCUGGAUAAGGUGCUGCGUCAGAAAGCCACCAAUCAGGGACGAGCCGCCGCCAAGAAGUCCCGCCCCCGACCUCGGAGCAUGACCCGGGAGGAGUCACAGCUGUCCCGCAGCCCAGCCAGGAGCACUACGGGUAAUGGAAUUGUACCACUGUGUGUGUGUUUGUGUGUGUUAGCCCGACGCUCCACUGUUCCCCUUUACAGUGUCUGGGAGGGAGGGGGAACGGAGAUGCAGGCUCUUGUUCCAUCCCAGCACUAACACCCUGAUGCUCUAGUCUUCUGCUACUUUACUCUGCAUAGUGACAAGUUAUCAUAUACUGUACCGCCCUCUCUCUCUCUCCCGCAGGCGAGCGACAGGCGCGGCGCGCCGCCGGCGCGCGCGCCGGACGGCGCGCGCGCUCCGAGCGGCGGCGCGCGCCGACUGCGCCGCGCCCGCCGGCGCGACGCCGGCGCGCGCCCGCCGGCGCGCCCCGACGGCGCGCCGACCGACGGCGCGCGCGCCGGCGCGCACCGCACGGCCGCGCGCGCGCCCGCGCGCGCCGCGGCGCGCACCGACGGCGCGGACCGAGGCGAGCGCCCGGCGCGACCCGGCACGAGCCCCCGGCGCGCCCGGCGCGUCGCGCCCGAGGCGCGCGCCACGAGGCGCGCGCGCCACGGCGAGCGAGAAGCGCCCGCGCGACGUCGGCAGCCGGAGCGAGCCCGGCGCGGGAAGGCGAGUAGAAAGGCACGCGCCAGCCCGAAGGACAGCCAGGAGCAGCGCAGAGCACGCGGCGAGGCGAGGACGCGCCGCCAGGGCCCAGCGGAGGAAAGGAGAGAGCGAAGAAGCGGAGAGCACGCGGCGCCGCAGAAGGCGCGAGCGAGAGCGCAACCGAGAGAGCGGGAGAGAGAACAGGAGAGAGAAGGGAGAGAGAGAACGACGUGAGGCAGAAGGAGAGAGAGAGGAGAGAGAGGAGAGGGAGCGGAGAGAGAGGAUGGAAAGAAGGAGAGAGAAAGAGCGAGAGAGAAGAGGGAGAGGAGAGAGAGAGGAGAGAGAGAGAAGAAGGAGAGAGAAGGAGGAGCGAAGGAGAAGAGAGAGAGGAAGGGAGGAGCAGAGAGAGGAAGAGGAGAGCAGAAAAGGAGGAAGAAGAAGAGAAGGCGAGGAGAAGGAGACGAGAACGAGAGAGAGAAAGAAUGCUAUCAAACCUCCCUCUCUAAGCCGGAUGAGGAUUGCUUGGCGACCGCGAGACCGGGGCUCUACUCUAAUCUGUAUCUCUCUAUCCUUCUGCCAGCAUCUCUCUCCCUCUCGACUCUCUCGUUCUCGCUAUCGAUAUCAAUCUCUCCCUCUCUCCUCUCCUCCUCUCUCUCCUACUUCUCUCUCCCUACUUCUCUCUCUCCAGGUUCUAAGUUGACUAAGGUGUACUCUCACUCCUCUCUCAACUUGGCUGCUAUGGCUGAUGACUCAGGAAUCACAGUCCCUGACAACACUGUCCCUGACACCACUGUCCCUGACAACACCGUCCCUGACAACACCGUCCCUGACAACACUGUACCUGACAACACCGUCCCUGACAACACCGUCCCUGACCCUAGCAAGAAACCAUCCAGGUAACACUUCUACCUCUCUCUCUCUCUCUCUCUCUCUCUCUCUCUCUCUCUCUCUCUCUCUCUCUCUCUCUCUCUCUCUCUCUCUCUCUCCUUCUCUCUCUCAAUUUAAUUCAAUUUCAAUUUAAGGGCUUUAUUGGCAUGGGAAACGUAUGUUAACAUUGCCAAAGCAAGUGAAGUAGGUAGUAAACAAAAGUGAAAUAAACAAUAAAUAUUAACAGUAAACAUUACACUCAGAAGUUCCAAAAAGAAUAAAGACAUUUCAAAUGUCAUAGUAUGUAUAUAUACAGUGUUGUAACAAUGUGCAAAUAGUUAAAGUACAAAAGGGAAAAUAAAUAAACAUAAAUAUGGGUUGUAUUUACAAUGGUGUUUGUUCUUUACUGGUUGCCCUUUUCUUGCGGCAACAGGUCACAAAUCUUGCAGCUGUGAUGGCACACUGUGGUUUUUCACCCAGUAGAUAAGGGAGUUGUUCAAAAUUGGGUUUGUUUUCAAAUUCUUUGUGGAUCUUUGUAAUCUGAGGGAAAUAUGUGUCUCUAAUAUGGUCAUACCUUUGGCAGGAGGUUAGGAAGUGCAGCUCAGUUUGCAUCUUAUUUUGUGGGCAGUGUGCACAUAGCCUGUCUUCUCUUGAGAGCCAGGUCUGCCUUCGGCGGCCUUUCUCAAUAUCAAGGCUAUGCUCACUGAGUCUGUACAUUUUGAGUCUGUAAUUUUGGGUCAGUCACAGUGGUCAGGUAUUCUGCCACUGUGUACUCUCUGUUUAGGGCCAAAUAGCAUUCUAGUUUGCUCUGUUUCUUUGUUAAUUAUUUCCAAUGUGUCAAGUAAUUCUCUUUUUGUUUUCUCAUGAUUUGGUUGUGUCUAAUUGUGUUGCUGUCCUGGGGCUCUGUGGGAUCUGUUUGUGUUUGUGAACAGAGCCCCAGGACCAGCUUGCUUAGGGGACUCUUCUCCAGGUUCAUCUCUCUGUAAGUGAUGGCUUUGUUAUGGAAGGUUUGGGAAUCGCUUCCUUUUAGGUGGUAGUAGAAUUUAAUGGCUCUUUUCUGGAUUUUGAUCAUUAGAGGGUAUCGGCCUAAUUCUGCUCUGCAUUAUUUUGUGUUUUAUGUUGUACACAGAGGAUAGUUUUGCCAAAUUCUGCAUGCAGAGUCUCAAAUUGGUGUUUGUCCCAUUUUGUGAAUUCUUGGUUGGUGAGCGGACCCCAGACCUCACAACCAUAAAGGGCAAUGGGUUCUAUAACUGAUUCAAGUAUUUUUAGCCAGAUCCUAAUUGGUAUGUCAAAUUUUAUGUUCCUUUUGAUGGCAUAGAAGGCCCUUCUUGCCUCUCAGAUCGUUCACAGCUUUGUGGAAGUUACCUGUGGUGCUGAUGUUUAGGUAAGUAUAGUUUUUUGUGUGCUCUAGGGCAACGGUGUCUAGAUGGAAUUUGUAUUUGUGGUCCUGGCAACUGGACCUUUUUUGGAACAUCAUUAUUUUGGUCUUACUGAGAUUUACUGUCAGGGACCAGGUCUGACAGAAUCUGUGCAGAAGAUCUAGGUGCUGCUGUAGGCCCUCCUUGGUUGGUGACAGAAGCACCAGAUCAUCAGCAAACAGUAGACAUUUGACUUCAGAUUCUAGUAGGGUGAGGCCGGGUGCUGCAGACUGUUCUAGUGCCCUCGCCAAUUUGUUGAUGUAUAUGUUGAAGAGGGAGGGGCUUAAGCUGCAAGAAAUGUGUGUGUUUUUUGCCAAUUUUAACCGCAGGAAAUGUACGAGUCUGCUGUUAAUGAUAAUGCAGAGGAUUUUCCCAAGGUUGCUGUUGACGCAUAUCCCACCGUAGUUAUUGGGGUCAAAUUUAUCUUGGGGUGAUCAGUCCUUGGUUCCAAAUAUUGGGGAAGAUGCCAGAGCUAAGGAUGAUGUUAAAGAGUUUAAGUAUAUCAAAUCAAAUUUUAUUUGCCACAUGCGCUGAAUACAACAGGUGUAGACAUUACAGUGAAAUGCUUACUUACAAGCCCUUAACCAACAAUGCAAAGUAAAAUAAAAUAAAAAAUAAAAGCAAAUAACUAAAGAGCAUUGAGGUAAUAUGUACAUGUGGGUAGAGUUAAAGUGACUAUGCAUAAAUAAUAAACAGAGUAGCAGCAGGAUAGCCAAUUGGAAUUUGUGGUCUGUAUAUUUUAUAAUUUAAUUGAGGAUACCAUCAACAUCACAGGCCUUUUUGGGUUGGAGGGUUUGUAUUCUCUCUCUCUCUCUCUCUCUCUCUCUCUCUCUCUCUCUCUCUCUCUCUCUCUCUCUCUCUCUCUCUCUCUCUCUCUCUCUCUCUCUCUCUCUCUCUCUCUCUCUCUCUCUCUCUCUCUCUCUCUCUCUCUCUCUCUCUCUCGUAUAUUCAUUCAUCCAGGGUAUAAAAAAAGGCCAACUGAACUAUUCACAACUACCAUAGAAGUGAAAACAACAAUUCAUUUAAAACAGGAUGGGCAACUUUAAUGGGGGUGGGUGCCACAAAAAAUCUGAACUCAUCAUAAGGGGCCGCAGUUGCUGACACAUCUACGUACCCACAUCCAAGAGUUGGAAAUGUUACAACUAAUUUCCUGCAAUUCUACACAUUUUGCCAUUGGGUGGAGAAAAAUCAAUGGGGCCGGUAAUUCGACCAUGAUUACAAGUUUACAUAGCUGGCCACUAGACUAACUUAGCAAUCUAAAAACAUUUAGCUGGAAUUUGCUAAUUGAGUGACUGUCAGUGACUGACAAAACAAGAGGAAAAACUGCUGAUGCAACCAAAUUUCAAAAUGGCACCUUGUGUAUUGUACUAUUCUAACCCCGACUGAGUCCCACCCCCCAAAACAA